CGCACAGUCACAAGUGACAUGACAAUCCUACCGAAGAAAAAACCAGCGAAGAACACGAAAGAAAAACAAGAAUCCGACUCAGACAGCGAGACACAACCAAGAUCUAGUCCCCGUCAAAACUGGAGCGCCGGGUCCCCCGAAAGGGACGACCCGGCCGUCGAGACGCGAAAGUUUCCCGUCGCCGAGGCGUCGAGCACGACGCGCGCGAGACGAAAGCGGCGCGAAACGAAAGAGGAGAGCGAACAAAAGGCGACCGAAUGCAACAGCGGCGACGAAUACGAGCGAAACGUGAGCGGCUCGGCAAGUCGUCGCUACACGGCGGAGGACGAGGUGCGUUUCGAGAAGGAGUUGAAAGAGAAACGAGGCUUUGUGAUCAAGAAAAUGGGCGAGGACGGCGCGUGUUUGUUUAGAGCUGUUGCUGAUCAAGUGUAUGGUGAUCAGGAAAUGCAUCAAGAUCUUCGUCAGCAGUGCAUGGACUACAUGAUGAAGAACAGGGACUACUUCUCACAUUAUGUCACCGAGGACUUUACGGCGUAUGUCAAUCGCAAACGGUCAGAACAUUGCCAUGGCAACCAUCUGGAGAUACAGGCCAUGUCGGAAAUGUUCAAUAGGGCAAUACAAGUGUACCACUAUAGUGCAGAGCCAAUUAAUAUAUUCCACGGUGUCUACGAGACUGAUAAUGCGCCAGUCCGUUUGAGUUACCAUCAAGACAUGCAUUACAACUCAGUGAUUGACCCAUACUCUGCGACUAUAGGCGUCGGUUUGGGACUGGCUGGACACCAGCCAGGGUUGGCGGAUCGUACGUUAAUGGAGGAGUCACUGAAGACGUCCGAGUUGGAUAUUAUUGAGCAGACGAUGUUAGAGGAUAAAAUGCAUGCGACUGAUUGGGAGGCAACGAAUGAGGCGUUAGAGGAGGCCGUCGCUAGGGAGUCUUACUAUGAGUGGUUGAAGGAGAACGAGAAACGAGCACGAGAAAAAUGUAGUGAACAUGCUGAGGCAUCCGCUUCAUCAGGAUCAACUACCCUUCCUCAGCUGUCCAUGCCAGUUGGAGUAGCAGGUUGUAGUAAAUCAUCUGUAUCACCGUUGCCGCUUGGUCCAGUAGCCACUAGUGGAACUGAAAAACCGAGACAAAAGACGCCAGCAGCGUCAGCUGCAGCUCCUCCUCACAACGCUUCUAUCUCAACGACGUUGCCUCUAGCACUGGCUUCGAGUCCAGGUGCUGCACGGACACGUGGAGAUGGAAUGGCAGUCAGACAUCGAAGGUCGUCGUCGCACUCUCCCAGACAUUCUCCGUAUUCACGGUCACCCGCAGGCUCUCCAAAGAACGAAUCGCCAGUGUCAUCGCCAUGUCACUCACCGUGUCACUCUCCUCAUCCGGAGGACAAGCAGCCUCGUAGUAGAAGCAAGUUGCCUGUAUCGACUGCCUCGUCUCUAGAAGCACAAGCCUCUGCUAGUAGAGAAGACGUGCCCUCAGAUGAGCAAGUCUCAGCAGCAUUAGGCUUCGCUACAAGUACUGCCUAUCACGAUUUGGUUUCCAACGUUCCUCCAACUUUGUUAGGCUUUAGUGAGUGGGAGGAUGACCAAAUAUUAGCAGCUGUGCUUGCCGCCUCACAGCAGGACUACCUCAACAGUCUAAAGAAGAACAAAAGUCAAGAUUCUGACAAGAAAUCUAGUUGAAUAUUUGUGUGUAUAGCGAAAUCAUUAUAGUUGCAAUCUCUAUUUAGUCAUCGUUUGUAAAUUUCAGACACAAUGAAUAUAGCAUGUGAGAUCAGUAAUGACGGAAAUUCUUUUAGAACUUAAUUGAUGUGUUAUGUAAUAGGAUGAAAACAUGAAUAUGA